AAAAAGUAUAGCUGUCGCCCUGCUGCCUCGUAAACCUAAACAAAUCAACCACAAUACCUACAACACAAGGCUACUUCAUAAUCGACGCGACAACAUGUCUUUCGAUGCAGGAAGGAUAUCCAAAACUGAUGCGGCUGCCUAUUCAUCUUCGGAUGACGACGAAGAAGAUGAGGACGAAUACUUACAACCUUCUGCUGACCCGCGAGCUGACGAAUUCCUCGAUUUUAACCCUCGUAAGCGGAGACGAACCGGCCGCAACGCGAAAGAGAGCGCCGCUCUAGGGAUGUUUGGUUCCGACAGCGAAGAUGAUGGUCCCGGGAAGAGAUGGAAAUCAAAAAAAGAUUUGCGCCACAAAAACGUAGCGUUUGUCUCCGCCGGUCAAGAAAAGUUGGAUCAAGGCCUUAGCGAAGAACAUUCCGAAGAUGACGACGACGAUGAUUAUGGCGAGCCAAGUCGUCCCGGAUUAGGUGCCAAAGCUAUUACUUCACCAACACCGGUCCCAGAACCAGAGGAUGAGGACGAAGACGAAGAUGAAGAGAUGGCUGGGGUUGGCCUAGGAUUUGGAGCUCCUGCACGCGGAUUAGGAUGGUCUCAGCCCACCCGAUCUCAAACCAUGCACACCACUGGGGAUACACCGAGUAGACCGCCGAAAAUGAAGUCGAAAUACGACGGAAGUACACCUUUGGGAAAAGGGUUUGUUCCUUCAUCUGCGAACGAGCCCGUCCUAAAAGCGAAUCUCAACGACGCCCCCACCUCGGCACCCCAAAUUCCUAAGCCCAGCGUUUUUGGCAAAGGAGGAAAAGCCAAGUCAUUCGCAGCUCGUAUGAUGGAAAAGAUGGGUUAUGUGGAAGGGCAGGGUCUUGGUGCUGAGGGUCAGGGAAGAAAUAUCAUCAUUGAAGCAACUCUACGUCCGCAAGGUGUUGGUCUAGGUGCUGUUAAAGAAAAGUCGGAACAGGAACGCAAAGAAGAAAAACGUCAGGCCCGUAUGCGAGGAGAAGAGGUUAUCGAUUCGGACGAAGAAAGAAAGGCGAAACGCGAAAAGAGGAAGAAGGGCAAAGAUAGUACGGCAAGCAGCGGUACAAGCACCCCGAGAAGAGCUAAGACCAAAUAUUUGACUCUCACCGAUAUCCAAAAGGCUGCGCCUGGCCUCAAUAUACCAGACGCUUUUGCGCCGAUAUUAGAUCUCACCGGACGCGAUCAGAAACUAUUAACAUCUAGUUCGGGUUUACUGACCCCUACAGCUGGCACAGAAGUGGCAGCACAAACAGAGGCACGCAAAUUAGCGAGGCGUGCCCAAGGAGACCUGACAGCCUUCGUAGAGGAAUGGAAGAGUCUCGAAGAGCGAAAAGCAUGGCUUUCUAUGGAGGAGAUACAAUUGCAACAUGAACUUGAUGAACUCGAGAGCAAUUUUCUAGGGCUUGGCGUGUUUUCGUCUGUUCUAGACGGGGUUAGCCAAGCUGCGCGAGACAGAAAUUGGGACCUCGUAAUAUCCGGACUCAAGAAAGCUGAAUCGGCGGCAUCGACUCACGGCGACGAAGAAUUAGCAGCUUUGGCAGUGUCCGCUAUACAUCCUUUCCUACGAGACGCGGUACAAGGGUGGCAGCCUUUAGAUGACCCUAAAUUGGGAAAUUUUGCAUCCGAUCUUUCAAAUAUUCGGGGAUUAUUAGGUCUAACUAAAACCACCAACAGAAGUGCCGUUGCAAAAUGGCAGGACACGGAGCUUAACGGCACACAUCGCCAUCACAUAAGGUCAACCACACCUUGGGAGAGCAUGAUCUACCAAAUCCUCUUCCCUAAACUAGUUACUGCUAUCUCACAGACGUGGGAUGUUCAUGAUGCGACAUCACUCUUGGAUUUCUUUGACAAAUGGGGACAACUUUUACCAGAUUUCGUCCGACUUCAACUUCUUGACCAAGUAGUAAGGCGACUCGAAGACGGUAUUAAUAGCUGGAAGCCAAAGAAAAGACAUGAAAACCCACAUAUAUGGCUAUUUCCAUGGCUCCAACAUCUUCCAACUCAUCAUCUCGAGCCCAAGGGAACCGGGCUGGUCGGAGAGGUCAGGCGUAAAUUUAGGCAGUUGAUUGACACUUGGGAUUUCUCGAAAGGUGUGGUGCCUGGUCUAAAACAUUGGAAAGAUGUAUUCCGACCAACCAAGGAACAGGACCAAUGGAGGCCCUUAGUCAUGCACCAUAUUCUGCCAAGCCUUUCCCAAUAUCUACGUACGAAUUUCCGCGUUGACCCAAGCGACCAAGAACCUUAUCUAGAGAUGCUUAAUGGAGUUUUCAAAUGGACAGAUGUGAUAUCUACGUCCAUGGUAGGAGAGGUCAUAGUCGCGGAAGUUUUCCCCAUGUGGCACGAAAUUCUCUACCAGUGGCUUACCAGCCCAGAUGCUAAUUACCAAGAAAUUGGGGAAUUCUUUGAAUGGUGGAAGGAUCAAUUACUACCAAACGAGAUUUCAUCUUUGCCAAGCGUUGCAGCUGAAUUUGAGAAGGGUACAGCUCUAAUCGAGACUGCUCUCGACCUUGGUCCCGACGGAAAAGACCAACUUCCUCGACCAGAUGGACGACCUGCCCAUCAACCGAAGUCUCGCAAACCGAAAGCUGAGAAGAAACAUGUGGUGGCGGAGCUGCCACCACUACCUUCAGAGAAGCCAGAGCCCACGUUCCGCGACGAAGUGGAGGAUUGGUGCCAAGAAAACGAUAUUCAAUUUAUUCCUGUUCGCAAAGCCAACGAAGAAGGCAAACAUUACUUCCGUAUUACGGCGCGUAUGGAUGGCAAAGGAGGUGUAUUAGCAUAUUUCAGAGGCGACAUUUUGGUUAUCGAGUCUCGAAAGACGAACCUCGAGCUGAAGCGAGAUGUUAAAGAGGAUUGGGGUCUUUUGAUUGAUCCUCUAUACCAGGAAGUCGAACAAGGUGGGCGGAGAUGAGACAUGCACAAGACUCGAGCUAUUAAAUACGCAUCGAUCAAUGUUGGAUUUAAUCAUAUCUUCCUGGCAGAAGCCGUAAAUAACUUUAUUGGAAACGAGAUUGAACAUGAAUUUCCGCCGGUCGCAACUAACAUGUUUGGCCCAAAUAAGAGAGACAACUCAUGCGACGGAUUUUAUAAGAUAAUAUAAAAAUAAAUACCUACUAAUUAAUGACACGGUGGUGUUUUAGCAGCAAGAUGCGUCUAGCACCUACUACAUAUUAAGUUCCCUCUUUCUCUACCACUGCGGUUUCCUUCUAACGUAGA